ACUAUACCCACAACAGAGGUUGGCAACAACAGAUAGUUAGCUGUGAUACAUGAUAUAAUUUGUUUGGACUUUGCUCACACUUUGACAUUGUUUGUUUUUAGGUUACGAAAGAGGGCUUACAGUUCACCAGUCAGUAACUACAUCAAACUCACCCUACAUCAAACCGACAGCGAGGGCCUUGCAACAAAGACUGAAGACAAAGAGCAAUGUGGUUUUUCAUAAUAAGCAGCCUGUUGUUUUUGGCAGGAAUAUAUUUCUUUUUGGCAGCCGAUCCACCGCCAGUGAAGGGGGUUUACAGACAGAAGGGGAAAUGGUUUCCUCUCAAAUUUUUUCUAUUUAGAAUUUUAUUUUGGCUAAGACAACGUAAAAGCAACAAUUUGAAAAAGAUCAGUGGAGAAGAUGCUGGGUAUGGUAUGAAAUCUCGAGUUUCACAAGAGGAAAUGGACAAGGUUCAGACACUCUCACCAAAUCAUCCACAGGCUGUAGAUGCUGUGUAUUUUAAUGGAGGAAAUAAAGAUGGUAUUUACGUGGUGGCAGCUACAGCUAGAAGACAUAAAAAUUUGACACAAACAAUACUCAUACUACUGAUUCCAGAAAUUGGUUUGUUAGAAAUGCCUACUCAGCCUGACACUAACUUAUCUGGUGAAGAAGGAAAAUAUUCAGCUGGUGGACUUGUGAUAGAACCAGUAGAAGUUAUGAAAAAUUGGAAAAUAUCUUUUAAAGGAAAACUGAAAUUGUCGGAGAAAGGGAAGACACUCUUUGUAUCUUUUGAUCUGGAAUGGACAGCCAUUUCAAAAUAUUUUGAUUUUGAUACUGAUUUAGAUCCCAGUGUCAUGGCAGAUGCUAUAGCCAGAGAAGACUGGUCCAGAGAAUAUUUUCAGACACUUCAAAAAGCACAUCAGACACACUAUGAACAGUUUGGUGAAAUAACAGGCUCCAUUAAUAUAGAUGGUUAUAAUACCAUUGAUAUAAGAGUACAAGGUGUUAGGGAUCAUUCUUAUGGUAAUAUUAGAGAGUGGAAAAACUUACAUAGAUAUGGUAUACAAUAUAUGUAUUUUGAAGAUGGAUCAUGUGUAUGCGUCGGAUGUAUAUGUAUGCCUAUUACCAUGUCAAGGUUGACAAUUGGUUAUAUUUUCCACCAAGAUGGAACUAUGGAACCAGUUUCUAACACUGAUUUUGAAUUUUAUAAUUUUGGUGAUGAUGGUCACCCACCUAAAGAAAUGUCUUUAAAUUUUCAAGCAGGAGGAAAACAAUACCAUCUGCAAAUAAAUGUUUUACAUUGUCCAAUAUUUUAUAUGGGUGAAGACUGGGAUGUUAAGAUACACGAGAGAUUCUGUAGAUAUAAUUUAAAUGGUAUUAAUGGUUGGGGUAUCAGUGAAUGGGAAUACAGGAAUAUUGCAGGGCGAUCAGACAAAAUUGUGACAGUACACUAAUAAUUUAUAUAACGCUACACUCACUAUAUGUGAACUGUUUCAGUUGAUUUGUAGGACUGUUAUAAUUUGAUACAAUGGAACAAUACUUAGAUAUUGUAGGGUGCCCCAUGCAGCCCACAUUUUCCCUACUGAAAGUUGAACUCAACACAGCGAAUGUGCACACUUCAGUGGUUUGUUUCUAAGUGAUUUCUGGCUAAUCACGCGCUGUGAUAACACUCAGCACAAGAGUCUAUGAGUCUAUAAAUAGCCAUCGCACAUGAAAUUCUCUACACAUCUAUCAACUAUUUGAACUGUAAAGAAUCUAUUGUUGAAGAUUCUGAAUAGCAGUAAUAUUUAGCUUUUUGGUUAUUACAGCAGCUUUAGAAAUUACAUUUGUUCUAUUUUUUAAAUUGCUUUGUCAUUUACUACACCGUUAGGAGCGGAAUCUUUUGGUUUAGUACAGAUAAUAUCUCUGAAACACUCAGGUUAGGCAAAAACAUGAUACUAGCAGUAGUUUGAUUUUACUUUUACAAGAUUCUUAAAACAAUUGUUGAGUUGCCAGCUUUCUGUUAUGUUUUGUAAAAAAGUAGUCUUGCUUAUCUCUACAUAUUUUGUAAAAAUUAUUAUCUUUUUUCUACCAGUACAAGUAUAUUUGUAUGUAAUAAUUAAGUGGGGGUCAAAGGAUUACUAAACAUUGUUUACCAGUGUGAUAAUUGUAAAUUUUGAUAUAAAUCAUCCUCAGUAUACCUAGUAUGGUAUCGUUCCGUUCUACUCCUUUAACCCAUGGGUCCAUUCACUGGGGAGACACAUAGUCAAAUUAUCUUCCCUUAAUAAUUGUGCUAUUUUUAUCGACCAAUCAAAAAGCGAGUGGGCGAAGGGCGGUAACUCGCAUUUUGUUGAAACUCAGAUCACUGAAUCAGUGUUGUAAACUUUGUCAAUAGGACAUGUUUAUGUGUGCAUGUCACCUCUUUGAUAUUAAAUUUCUUGCAAAGUUUCUCAUAAUCGAAUGUACAAGUUGCGGUAUUGUGGUGAACAUAAACAAUGAUGCUAUGAUUGGUUUGUAGAAAUAACCUAUGUGGCCAAUAAACAAUCGAGGGCAGAUAAUUUAAAUUCAUGAAUACCCUGUGAAUGGACCGAGGGGUUUGUGGAGUGAACUUUGAAUACGGAAGAUGGAUAUAAAUAUGACUGAGAAAUAAAGGUGAUUCUUCAGUAAAAAUAUAUAAUUAUGAAUUAUUACAAAUGAACUGGCCUCCAGUUUAUAGAAAUACUAAUUACCUCAUGAUAAGGUACUUAUUUGAUUUGGUUUAUGUCCUUUUUUUAUAAACUUGACCCAGGGAGCAGUAAUUAGGUUUUCGACUGAAUUUUCCAUAGUGACAGACAUCUCGUGCAUAUGAGUCCCUUAUUAACAUAUGUGACCCGUGCUAGCUAAAUGAGUCAGAAUGAGCUACAGACAAAACAAGUGAAAAUAAUGAGUUUGAAUGAAAUUGAGAUUUUCACAAAAAUGGGUCUAUUAAUAUACAUGUACUAUCUAUCAACCUUAAAGAUCAAAAUAACAAUAAAUCAUUAACACCUUUAUUUGGACGUUUUUUCUUAAAUUAGUUAUUUUUCUUCACUUGCUGUGGGACGAUUAGAUAAUCCCCUUGCGUAAUACUUGGCAUUGUUGUGAAAGCUUUAUAUCUCUAGUUUAUAAAUAUUAUUAUGACCUAUUGAAAAUAUUUUUCCUGAAAUCAGACACGACAACAGUUUGUAUUCAUCUUAUAAUAAUAUAAAACAGUAAAAUCCAAUGAAUAAAAAAUAGAAUUGAAAGCAUUUAAUGCACUACAAAAAAUUAUCUAAAAUGUAAUAAUUAGAGAUUCAUGGUAUAUGGACAGAAUGGCAUUUAUAAUGCACUUAAAGUGGUAAAAUAUAUAUAAUUUUCAUAAAUACAGUAAUUCUUUGAUAUAAAUUAAAACAAAUUAUAAAUAAUAAUACAUGUAUUAAUUUAUAAUAUUCUUAGCUAAAGACUGGUACAUGUUGACUGUAAAAUGGAACUAAUAACAACUCAACUCUAACUUUUAAUUUACAAAACUUCCUAUGACUUUUAAGUUUUAACUGGUUUUUUGGACAUAACCAAUUUCAAGCCUAAUCAUAAAUGUACCAAUUGGCAAUUUUGCACUUGCAACAAAUACUUUUUAUUCCGUUUUAACACAACAAUAUUGAAAUGAUAUCUUACUAAGUAAUUAAUGUAUAUUGGGCCGAGUUGUAAGUCUACAUAUGCAAGCCUUAAAAAAAAACAACAUAAAAAGUAUGCGUAGAAAAAUAUAAAAAAUAGAUUCACAUUUAAUUUGGAUAUAAAAAAUAAAAACAAGUACAAUUGUGUAGGGAUUUUAGCAAUAAAAUUGUUGACUCUCUUUUACAAAUAAGAUUUUAUACUCUCUAAAAAAAUAUUAUAUAUGUAUCCUAUAAUUUUCUAAAAGGAAUAAUGUAAGAAACAAAAUAUAUAUUCCUAUACCGGAACUAAUUUUAAUAGUGAAAUAGCCUUUUCUUUUCCUCAUCUUCUUUCAACCAUUUUCUUAAGACAAGAACAACUUGAUCUUCUUGUUUCCAUCGUCCCAUAAUCUAAAAUUAUAAGAUAUAAAUAUAGGGUAAAAACAAUUAGUAACACUUACAUGUUACAUGUCCACGUCUAUUAAAUGUACAUGUCCAUCAUUUUCUUUUGUUCUUUAUGUACAUAUAUAAAUAUUUAACUAAUCUGUUCACUCUUUCGUUAAUCACCCUGUAAAUAUUUUAUCUGUAUAUAUAACAUGUAAUUGUCUGUGAUAUCAGUUUAUGUAGUUUAUAGUUGACCCUAUGUAACAUUAAUUAUUUGUGAACUUACAUGAUCCCAAACAUCAGGUGCUCUAGUACUUGAAGAUGGAGUAGAAACAGGACGAGUGACUUGCUCAUCUCCUAGAGAAUAUUUAAAUUUGAAUUAAUAAACAGCAAAAAUGUUCAUUUCUACUAUCCAGUGAUAUAUUCAUGCAAAAAUGCCUACAAAAUACGCAAUUAGCCUAGAACAAAAUGAAAUGAAAUAGGGUAUAACUAAUGAAGUCUAGAACCAUUUACAGACACGUAAUUUCUUUAAUGUAACCCAAUUUUCAUAUAAUUUCUCUGAAAGUUUAAAUAAAGUCUGCUGAAGGAUAACCGUAUGUCUAUCAUGAAGUUAUACUUUUAAGUUAUUAUCAAGUCACUUCUACAAUAAUGCAAUUCCUCAAAAGAGUUAGUCUACAUAAGCCUGUAAACGGCUCAAUAUUGUUUAUUGGAAAUUUCAAAAAGGUAAAUAGCUUUUUUAUUAUUCCCUUUAAAGUUUCUGAUUUGUAUACUGUAGUCCAAUUUUAUCAACAGAUACCAAAUGAAAUUGGGGACUGCUCCUUUAUUUUGAGAUUUAUAAAUCACUAAUAACAUAGCAUAAAUUAUACCUCUUGUAACUUCUUGUAACGUUAGUCUGACUUCAUCUCUCAACUUUCCUUUAGUAUACUGAGCCAUUGCCAUUAGUACACUAGAUCCACCAUGACGAUUAAAUAAUUGUUUUAAUCGAAAAUCACUGCUAAUCAACAUCUUAGUCAAUAUCAAACCUAAAAUAUAUGUAAUAAUUUUAUUUCAAAAUUAAGAUUUCAAGAUGUCCAUAUUUUUCCACAUGUAGGCUACCUCUUUAAAAAUAAAUGAAAGAUCACAAAGUAUUAGUAUUUGGCACUAACAACGUAAUUUAUAUACCAUUAACAUUACAAAUAUUUCUCUGAAUCAUUGUUGCAGAGAAGUAGGACGUUUAACCCUACAACCUUCAUUAAUUCCAAAUCACUGUCUGAGUGCAAUAAUGACCAAUUGUAUUUAACCUUAUUCUCUUGUAUUCUCUCUACAGAGGAGGCAUUUGAAUUUUUGAACCUCAUCUAUGGAUUAAAAUUGUCAUUAUUUGUGUAAUUUUCAUAAAAAUAUAAUUUGUA